CAAGAUGAGCCCUUCGCAAUGGGACUUUCCGGUGGAAUUGUGUUGCCGGCCUAUGGCCUUUGUAGCCCUCACAGGCUUGGAUGUGAUCUACAAUGCUGUUCAUCGGGCAGUUUGGGAUGCUUUUUGUGCAAACAGGAGAGCGGACCGUGUACCUAUUUCCUUCAAAGUUCUCCCUGGUGAUCAUGAGUAUCCUAAAUGUAGAAACAAGAGAACAUCGUACGAAUGGCAUAUUCCAAAAGGUAUUUUGAAGACUGGCUGGAUGAACAAACAUCUGAAUUUGGUCCCUGCACUUGUUGUUGUGUUCUAUGAGUUGGACUGGGAUGAGCCACAGUGGAAGGAAAAACAGUCAGAAUGUGCUACUAGAGUUGAAAUUGUCAGGCAGAGCUUGCAAGGAAGAAAUACAAAAGUUGCUGUAGUUUUGAUUCAAAAGAAAACACCAUUACCUCCAGGGGAAGAUGUUAUUGCUUCAGAAAGGGCAGCAGCUUUGUGCAAUGCAUGUGACCUCUCAGGAAAAUCCUUGUUUGUUUUGCCACACACUGAUCACCUUGUGGGUUAUAUUAUACGGUUAGAGAAUGCUUUUUAUGAACAUGCACAGACCUAUUACUAUACAGAAAUCCGAAGGGUGAAAUCCCAUAAAGAGUUCCUCAACAAAACAACACAUCAGCUUCUGUUUGUCAGACAUCAGUUCAAAAUAGCGUUCUUCAGUGAGCUGAAGCAGGAUACCCAGAAUGCCCUGAAAAACUACAGGACUGCAUAUAAUCUUGUACAUGAAUUGAGAGCUCAUGAAACAAAUAUGUUGGAAAUCAAGACCAUUGCUGGAUUUAUAAAUUACAAGAUUUGCCGCCUGUGCUUUCAGCAUAACACACCAUUGGAUGCAAUUGCACAAUUUAGAAAACACAUAGACGUGUGCAAGAAGAAAAUUGGCAGUGCAGAGCUGGCUUUUGAGCACGCUGCCUGGAUGUCCAAACAAUUUCAGGCUUUUGGGGACUUGUUUGACGAAGCUAUCAAACUAGGGCUGACAGCUAUUCAAACGCAGAACCCAGGUUUCUAUUAUCAGCAGGCAGCGUACUAUGCCCAAGAAAGGAAGCAACUGGCAAAUGUUCUCUGUAAUCAUGAGCCUUCUGUGAUGUAUCCCAAUCCGGACCCGAUAGAAACUCAAACUGGAGCACUCGACUUCUAUGGACAAAGACCAUGGCGGCAAGGAGUACUAAGUUUUGAUCCUAAUGACCCUGAGAAGGAGAAAGUGGGGAUUUUGGCUCUGCAGCUGAAGGAAAAGAAGGUUCUUCACUCUGAAUUAAUCAUCACCUUGCUGAGUAAUGCAGUAGCCCAGUUCAAGAAGUACAAAUGUCCACGAAUGAAAAGCCAUUUAAUGGUGCAAAUGGGUGAAGAGUAUUACUAUGCUAAAGAUUACACCAAAGCUUUGAAGCUGCUGGAUUACGUCUUGUGUGAUUAUCGUAGUGAAGGAUGGUGGACUCUCCUUACUUCUAUACUGACCACAGCCCUCAAAUGUUCCUAUCUCAUGGCACAGAUAAAAGAUUACAUUACGUACUCGUUAGAGCUGUUGGGAAGAGCAUCUACUUUGAAAGAGGACCAAAAAUCUUGCAUAGAAAAGAAUCUGAUUAAAGUUCUUAUGAAUGAGAGCCCAGAUCCGGAACCUGACUGUGAUGCGACUUCUGUGAAAAGUUCACAGAAGUUGUGGGCUGAUAGAAUCUCUCUGGCUGGCAAUAAUAUCUUUACCAUAGAAGUGCAGGACUUUGUUCCAUUUGUACAGUGCAAAGCGAGAUUUCUUGCCCCAAGUUUCCAUGUCGACACCCCAGUUCAGUUUGACAUAUUCUUGAAAGCUGAUUGUCCUCAUCCUAUCCGGUUUUCUAAGCUAUGCAUUGGUUUCAACAAUCAGGAAUACAACCAGUAUUGUAUGGUGGAAGAAGCAUAUAAAAAAAAUGAACUGUUCACACAGGGGAUGCUGUGUCUUACCCCUGGUAAAACAAAGAAGUUCACUUUCAAAUUUGUUGCAAAAACUGAGGAUGUGGGAAAGAAGAUUGAGAUCACUUCAGUGGAUUUGGUUCUGGGUACUGAGAGCGGCAGGUGUGUAAUCUUGAACUGGCGUGGAGGAGGAGGGGAUGCUGCUUCUUCUCAAGAGGCGCUGCUGGCAGCUCGCUCCUUCAAACGGCGGCCCAAACUCCCAGAGGGUGAAACCCAUUGGGAAAGUCUGACUGUUCAGACGAGCACCAUGAUCAUUUCCAGAGUGCCAAACAUUUCUGUCCAGCUCAGACAUGAGCCUCCUGCCCUGAUGAAUGAAAUGUACUGUUUGAUUGUGACAGUCCAGUCACACGAGAAGACGGUUGCCAAAGACGUAAAGCUCACAGCUGGCUUGAAACCAGGCCAAGAUGCAAACCUAACUCAAAAAACUCACGUGACACUAAAUGGAACAGAAAUAUGUGAUGAUUCAUUUCCUGCCUUACUUCCCGAUAUCCCUGUAGGAGACUUGCAGCCAGGUGAAAAGCUGGAAAAGACUGUGUACAUUCAUUGUGGAACAGUUGGCACCAGAAUGUUUCUUGUGUAUGUUUCCUAUUUAGUGAGUGCGACCAUUGAAGGAAAAGAGAUCCUCUGCAAAUGUCACAGGGACGAGACUGUUACCAUAGAGACUGUGUUUCCAUUUGAUGUAGCUGUUAAAUUCGUCUCUACUAAGUUCGAGCAUUUAGACAAAGUCUUUGUAGACAUACCAUUUUUAUUGAUGACUGACAUCCUCAGUGCUUCUCCUUGGGCCCUUAUGAUUGUAACCAGCCAGCUGCAGCUUUCUCCUUCGAUGAUGCCAGUGGACCAGCUCGAGUCUUAUGUGGAGAAUGUUGUUUUACAGACCGGUGAGAGCACUAGUGAAUGUUUCUGCCUUCGAUGUCCCCCAGUCAUUACCGGACAGAGUGGAGUGGCUACUGGGAGUUACGUAAUCUCCUGGAAGAGGAGCUCAGCUGUGAAGAGCAUACCUGUUGUCAGGACUGUGAUCACACUCCCUCACGUGAUUGCAGAAAGCAUCCCACUCCAUGUUAAUGCAGAUCUGCCCUCAUUUGGUCGGGUCAGAGAAUCCUUACCUGUAAAAUAUCACCUGCAGAAUAAGACUAAUAUAGUUCAGGACUUGGAAGUGUCAGUGGAGCCCAGCGAUGCCUUCAUGUUUUCUGGUCUUAAGCAGAUAAGGUUGCGAAUUCUUCCUGGCACUGAACAAGAAAUGUUGUACAACUUUUACCCUCUCAUGGCUGGUUACCAGCAAUUACCAUCACUCAACAUCAACCUGUUACGGUUUCCGCACUUCACUAACCAGCUGCUUAGACGAUUUAUCCCGACACACAUUUUUGUGAAGCCACAAGGUCGCCAAGCAGAUGACGCUUCAAUUGCUGCUGCGUAGCCGAGGAUUCACACAGUUAAGGGAAACAGAAUUUUGCACAGAAUAU